AUGUUUGCCAGAAUGUCUGAUCUCCAUGUUCUCCUGUUAAUGGUUCUGGCGGGAAAGACAGCCUUCGGGUUCUCCCUGCUGUCUUUUCUUACAGACCCGGACCCAGAUUGGAUUCCUGACCAGUAUGAGUACAGCCAAGAGUAUUAUAACCAGGAAGAGAAUGCCAGCAGUACCCCUGCCUAUUCUGACAACCCUGACUGGUACUAUGAAGAGGAUGACCCAUGCCUGUCCAACCCCUGUACACAUGGUGGGGACUGCCUCAUCAGUGGGGCCACCUUCACGUGCCGCUGUCGGGACCCUUUCUCUGGAAACAGAUGUCAGAAUGUGCAAAACAAGUGCAAAAACAACCCAUGUGGCCGGGGAGACUGUCUCAUUACUCAGAGUCCUCCUUACCACCGCUGUGCCUGCAAACACCCUUACAGGGGUUCAGACUGCUCCAGAGUGGUUCCUGUGUGCAGGCCAAAUCCCUGCCAAAACGGUGGCACCUGCUCCCGGCAGAGGCGGAGGUCCAAGUUCACCUGCGCCUGUCCUGACCAGUUCAAGGGGAAGCUCUGUGAAAUAGGUCCUGAUGACUGCUACGUUGAUGACGGCUACUCUUACCGAGGGAAAGUGAGUAAGACAGUCAACCAGCACUCGUGCCUUUACUGGAACUCCCACCUCCUCUUGCAGGAGAAGUACAACGUGUUUAUGGAGGACGCUGAGGCCCAUGGGAUCGGGGAGCACAAUUUCUGCAGAAACCCAGAUGGAGACAAAAAGCCCUGGUGUUUCUUUAAAGUAAACAAUGCGAAGGUGAAGUGGGAGUACUGUGAUGUCCCUGCCUGCUCUGCCCCAGACGUUGCCAACCCAGAGGGAAGACCCAUGGAGCCCUUGACCAAGUUUCCUGAGUUUGGGUCCUGCGGGAAGACUGAGAUAGCAGAGAAGAAGGUCAAGAGGAUCUUUGGAGGCUUUAAGAGCACGGCGGGCAAGCACCCGUGGCAGGCAUCCCUGCAGACCUCACUACGACUGACCGUCUCCAUGCCUCAGGGCCAUUACUGCGGGGGGGCGCUGAUCCACCCAUGCUGGGUGCUGACUGCAGCCCACUGCACUGAGAUAAAAACCAAAUAUCUAAAAGUGGUACUUGGAGACCAGGACCUGACGAAGACGGAAUUCCAUGAGCAGAGCUUUGGGGUGCAGAAGAUUUUCAAGUACAGCCACUAUGUUGAAAUAGACGACAUUCCCUACAACGAUAUUGCCUUGCUCAAGCUAAAGCCAGUGGAUGGUCAUUGUGCCCUGGAAUCCAAAUAUGUGAAAACUGUCUGUUUGCCCGAUGGUCCCUUUCCCUCUGGGACUGAGUGCCAUAUCUCCGGCUGGGGUGUCACAGAAACAGGAGAAGGGUCCCGCCAGCUCCUGGAUGCUAAGGUCAAGCUGAUCAGCAACACGAUAUGCAACUCCCACCGACUCUAUGACCACUCGAUCGACGACAACAUGAUUUGUGCAGGAAACCUCCAGAAGCCUGGACAAGACUCCUGCCAGGGCGACUCUGGAGGCCCUCUGACCUGUGAGAAGGACGGCACCUCCUACGUCUACGGAAUCGUGAGCUGGGGCCUGGAGUGUGGGAAGAAGCCAGGGGUCUACACUCAAGUGACCAAAUUCCUAACGUGGAUCAAAACCACCAUGGAGAAGGAGGCUAGCUUCUGA